GACUGAGAGGCAGGAGCCAGAAGAGCCCGCGCGGGUCGGCGCCGCUCGCCGGGCUCGCGCGGGAGAGGAGGGGAGGAGAAACUUUGCAUUUUAUUGUUGUUUUAGUCCUUAAGUGCCAGGAACUCUGUUGGGAGGAAAAAUGUCCUUCUUCAAUUUCCGUAAGAUCUUCAAGUUGGGGAGCGAGAAGAAGAAGAAGCAGUACGAACAUGUGAAGAGGGAUUUGAACCCUGAGGAGUUUUGGGAAAUUAUAGGAGAAUUGGGUGACGGAGCCUUUGGGAAAGUGUACAAGGCCCAGAAUAAAGAGACCAAUGUUUUAGCUGCUGCAAAAGUGAUUGACACCAAAUCUGAAGAAGAACUUGAAGAUUACAUGGUUGAAAUUGAUAUCUUAGCAUCUUGUGAUCACCCAAAUAUAGUCAAGCUUCUAGAUGCCUUCUAUUAUGAGAACAAUCUUUGGAUCCUCAUUGAAUUUUGUGCAGGAGGAGCAGUCGAUGCUGUGAUGCUUGAACUCGAGAGACCAUUAACUGAGUCCCAAAUACAAGUAGUUUGUAGACAGACCUUAGAAGCGUUGAACUACUUACAUGAUAACAAAAUCAUCCACAGAGAUCUAAAGGCUGGCAACAUUCUUUUUACCUUAGAUGGAGAUAUUAAGUUGGCGGAUUUUGGAGUAUCAGCUAAAAACACAAGGACAAUUCAAAGAAGAGAUUCCUUUAUUGGCACACCAUAUUGGAUGGCUCCUGAGGUAGUCAUGUGUGAAACAUCUAAGGACAGACCCUAUGACUACAAAGCUGAUGUUUGGUCCCUGGGAAUCACUUUAAUAGAAAUGGCUGAGAUAGAACCACCUCAUCAUGAAUUAAAUCCAAUGCGAGUGCUACUAAAAAUAGCAAAAUCUGAGCCCCCUACUUUAGCACAGCCAUCAAGAUGGUCUUCAAAUUUUAAGGACUUUCUAAAAAAAUGCUUGGAAAAAAAUGUGGAUUCCAGAUGGACUACAUCUCAGCUACUGCAGCAUCCCUUUGUUACUGUUGAUUCCAACAAACCAAUUCGAGAGUUGAUUGCAGAAGCAAAGGCUGAAGUAACAGAAGAAGUUGAAGAUGGCAAAGAGGAAGAGGAGGAUGAUGAAACAGAAAAUUCUCUGCCAAUACCUGCAAGUAAGCGUGCCUCCUCUGACCUUAGUAUUGCCAGCUCUGAAGAAGAUAAACUCUCACAAAAUACUUGCAUUUUGGAAUCUGUCUCAGAAAAAAUAGAACGUAAUACUCGUAAAGAUAAAUUUAACAACAGAGUUCUUAAUGAAAAACUCAUCACUGAUGAGCCUGAAAAAGCUGUGGAGGUUACUGAUGAACAUAUUAAUGAUACUAAUUUAGAAGAUAUGGCCGAACUUCAUACUAGAACAAUGAUAAUCAAGGAAAAUGGGAGAGAGGAGAAGAGACCCAGGCUUGAAAAUCUACCUGACACAGAAGACCAAGAAACAGUAGACAUUAAUUCAGUCAGUGAAGGAAAAGAGAAUAAUACAGUGAUAACUUUAGAAACAAGUAUUGAGCAGAAUCUGAAACCUGAGGAAGAAAUGGAUCAGGAAAAGCAACAGAUACUUGAAAAUAAAGUUAUAAAAUCUGAAGAAAUUAAAGAUAUUACUAUUCAAACAAUGGAUUUAGUUUCUCAAGAGACUGGAGAAAAAGAGGCAAGUAUUCAGGCAAUUGACAAUGAAGUUGAACUUGCAGACACCCAAAAGAAUUUGGUAAAAGAUGAGAAAACUCAAAAAGAUGUGAUUGGCGAUACAAGCAAUGCAGUAGGAACAAAUGAGGCAAUAGAUGUUCCUCGGAAGGCAGUUGAAAAUAAUGCUGAGGAUGCUCAGAAUAAUGAUGGGAAAGAAAUGGUUGAAGUAGGCCAGGAAUUAGUAAGUAAAUCUACAGAGAGUCCUGAGGUUAGUGGUACUGAGGAAGUUCCUGUUAAAGAAAUACUUGAAACUAAUGAGAUAGAUCAAAAAUCUGUAGAAGGUAAAGAUGAGGAACAGUUAAUCAACAGUUCUAAGAACAGAGUGGAGACCAAUGAGGAACCUAGGACAAAUGAAGUUGAGAAAAUUACUGAGUUGAGUAGCACUGAAGAAAUAGAGGUCAGUGGUGCAGUGAUUCAUACUGACCAAAAGGCUUUAGGAAGUGAAACGCGAGAUGCUCAUGAAGCCACUACUCAAACAGAUACAGAGCAAAAAGAAAUUCCAUGUGAAGUGCCAAUUAAAACAGAACCUGAAGUUACCACCACUUCAAAGCCCAGUGAACCUCAGCCUGUCCCAAUACCCAGUAUUAAUAUCAACUCUGAAGAUGCAGAAAAUAAAGGAGAAAUAGGUGCUUCAUCAAAAACUGAAACCCUGCUAAUACCAGAAUCUGAGAAUCAGAAGGAAAAUGAUACUGAUUCAGGCACUGGUUCCACUGCUGAUAAUAGCAGCAUUGACUUGAAUUUAUCCAUCUCUAGCUUCCUAAGCAAAACUAAAGACAGUGGAUCAAUAUCUUUACAAGAAACAAGAAGACAAAAGAAAACAUUGAAGAAAACACGCAAAUUUGUUGUUGAUGGUGUAGAAGUGAGUGUAACAACGUCAAAGAUAGUUACGGAUAGUGAUUCCAAAACUGAAGAAUUGAGGUUUCUUAGACGUCAGGAACUUCGGGAAUUAAGAUUUCUUCAAAAAGAAGAGCAAAGAGCCCAACAACAGCUCAAUAGCAAACUGCAACAGCAACGAGAACAAAUUUUCCGGCGCUUUGAGCAAGAAAUGAUGAGCAAAAAGCGACAGUAUGACCAAGAAAUCGAGAAUCUAGAAAAACAACAGAAACAAACUAUUGAACGUCUAGAGCAAGAACACACAAAUCGCUUACGAGAUGAAGCCAAACGCAUUAAAGGAGAACAAGAGAAAGAGUUGUCCAAAUUUCAGAAUAUGUUAAAGAACCGAAAGAAGGAGGUUAUAAAUGAAGUGGAGAAAGCACCCAAAGAGCUGAGAAAAGAGCUCAUGAAACGCAGGAAAGAGGAGCUUGCACAAAGCCAGCAUGCUCAGGAACAAGAGUUUGUUCAGAAGCAACAGCAAGAAUUAGAUGGCUCUCUGAAAAAGAUCAUCCAACAGCAGAAGGCAGAGUUAGCCAAUAUUGAAAGAGAGUGUCUGAAUAAUAAACAACAGCUCAUGAGAGCUCGAGAAGCUGCAAUUUGGGAGCUUGAAGAACGACACUUACAAGAAAAACAUCAGCUGCUCAAACAGCAACUUAAAGAUCAGUAUUUCAUGCAAAGACAUCAGCUACUUAAGCGCCAUGAGAAGGAAACAGAACAAAUGCAGCGUUACAAUCAACGACUUAUUGAAGAAUUGAAAAACAGACAGACUCAAGAAAGAGCAAGACUGCCUAAGAUUCAGCGCAGUGAAGCUAAGACUCGAAUGGCCAUGUUUAAGAAAAGUUUGAGAAUUAACUCAACGGCCACACCAGAUCAGGACCGUGAAAAAAUUAAACAGUUUGCUACUCAAGAAGAAAAGAGGCAGAAAAAUGAGAGAAUGGCUCAACAUCAAAAACAUGAAAAUCAAAUGCGGGAUCUGCAGUUGCAGUGUGAAGCCAACGUCCGAGAGCUGCACCAACUGCAGAAUGAAAAAUGCCACCUGUUGGUUGAGCAUGAGACUCAGAAACUAAAGGAAUUAGAUGAGGAACACAGCCAGGAAUUAAAGGAAUGGAGAGAGAAAUUGAGACCUAGGAAAAAGACGCUGGAAGAAGAAUUUGCCAGGAAACUGCAGGAACAGGAAGUGUUCUUUAAAAUGACCGGGGAGUCUGAGUGCCUUAAUCCAUCAACACAGAGCCGGAUUUCCAAAUUCUAUCCUAUUCCUAGCUUGCAUUCCACUGGAUCAUAACAAUGGGAAGCAUUCUGUGGUCCGGUUUGGCUUUUAAAAUAUGUCAUUCUGUUCUAUUCAUCCUCUGCCACAGUCUAUAUUAGAGUGCACGAAGACAAUCACCUGCCUCACCUUCUAAGUGUUUUGUUUUUUUGUUUGUCUUUUUUGUUUAGCAAAGAUGAAGGGAAAGAAACUAAGACAGAUGCUGGGCUGUGUUGGCAAAGUAGCAUCUUGCAGUAAUUCCCUAAGGUGAUUUUGUAUAUUAAUCUUAAAAAAUUGUAUUCUUUAGACACUAUUACCUGCAAAACUCUUAAGAGAUAUGUUUAAAGUUAUUUAAAAAAAACCUGUUACAUCACUGAGUAUUAAUAAAUAUCAUUUUACCUGAUCUAAUUUCUCAAUGAUGCCUAAAUUCUGUAGUUGAAACUGCUGUAGAGAGUUGGAAUAAUUUUCUUUUGGUGAAUCAGCUCUCACAAAAAAGCUAUGAGUUGCUCAAAAUAUGAUACUGAUUCAGUAAAUAAAUCUAUUUUGUCUUUAAGUAGCAACAAGUCUUUUUAAAGAGAAAAAUUAUUUUGAUAAUUAGUCUAAAAUAAUUACCUGUUUAUGAGCUAAUAAUUAAGGGUGCUAGUUUUAUUAAGAUAGUGCCUAAAACACUAAAUUUCAUUUGAGUCUAAAAUAGGAUUUUCUUUUUUGAUUCAACAGGGACAAAUCACCUUUAGCAUUAAGCAUUAUUGUUUUUUAAAUCUUGCUCCUAUUACCGUUUGAUAGAAAUUUUCAUCCUAAAACAUGUUGUACAGAGUUGAAAAGAUGAGAAAAAAAGGUAGCUUUUAGAUAUCCAAAUUGGAAAUGUAAAACUCACCAAACUAAAAGAAAUGCAGAUUUACCUGUCCUAGCUUAUUUUUAAAAAUAAUACAUGAGUUGAUUAAAUGACUUCUCCCAUCUUAGCAAAUUCUGUUCAUUGAAAACUCUGUCAGAGGCAUACUGGCUCUGAGUUACAUUUAUAAAUGUAUUUUCUGAAAUUAAUCUUGAAGCAUUUGUUCAGAAUACUUUUUAAAAAUUUAAAUAAAAUAUUUAGGUAAAUUUCGGAAAUGACUUUGUUGUUUUGAAAUAAAGUCAUUUAUAUGUUGGUUUUAUUUUGUUCCAUGUUUAAAUUAUUUACAUUUAUUUGAGUGGGAAAAGCCUGAAACCUUUAUCAUGUGGUUGCUGAUAUGUGUAAUUAUUAAUGAAAUGCUCACUCUUAGUCCCUCUCGAGGCUUAGAAUUUCAAGCACGUGUCAGGUCUAACAGUAUUAUGAACUGUACUGCAGUGUGUGAGACAGCACAUUUGUAAGUGAUGCUUGCUGCCCACCAUUUGUAACCUGUUCUCUUUUAAGAGUACUAGGUACCGAAUUGUACAAGUUUGUUUUUAGUUAUAUUACAUUUGAGGCUGGUGAAAAAUUUAAAUGUAGCUGUGGGAACACUGAUUCAUAUUAAGAAAAUGUAAAUAUCUGUAGCACUUUCUUGCAGUUAAUUUGAAAACUUUGAAUGCUGAACCUUAUUUCGUCAGUGGUUUAGAUGACUUAAAAAUGCACGUGUAAUUUUCAUUUCGUAAUUGUUUUGAUGAGAAAAAUUUACUUGGACAACUUUGUAGGUAGCCUUAACUCUGGCCAAGCUUGUUUUUUAUAUAAAUAUAUAUACAUAUAUAUUCUGUAUGGUUGUAAAUUCAUACACUUAUCACAUGAAUGUGUUACUGUAUACAAAACUCUUAUAAUGCUUUAUUCCCAAGUGCUGGGUUGAAAAUGUUUUGAAAGCCUUUUAAAAUAUAUAUCUUUAUAAAGUAAUGUUCAGGAUGAUGAUGGAAAUUGUUUAUAUUAUGAUAAAAAUGACAGUAUAAUGUUAUCUCAGUGUAUUUAAUGAUCUAAGAGGGAGAGAAGAGGAAGGUUCUCAUACCACUAUCUCCUUUGAAAUUUUCAGUUUAUUGGCUUUUAAAAAGUUAAUACUUCAGGCAAUAGACAUUUUUUCAGUAUCAUUUAAAUGAUACCCUGUGUACAAAAUAGUUUGUGGCACAUAAUUUGGUCUGAACAUUUGAUUUUUUAUUCCUUUCAACUUGACAUUCAGAGCAUUGAGUAAAGGAAGGAGGCUCGGAGUAAAAUGGUUGACACUCUGGUAAGUUUAUUUACAACUCUUGCAUAUCCCUUAAAACUGCUCUUUGGAUUCAGUGCUUAUGUGCGAGUCCUCUUUCAAAUAUGACCUAUUCAUGUGGGAGCAAGGCUACAAAAUGAUGCAUACGUAGAGGUGAAACAUUCAUUUUAAUAUUUAAAGUUACCUAAAUCUUUUCAAAAAGUGUUUUAUUAUAGAAUAUGCUGUUUGUACUCAUCCCUGCCCACUUCUUGUUAGGCUCUAUAUUCAGAUAGAUAAUACAUCUUUCUUGCAUGAAGUGUAGGUGGGGAGUGGGGGAGGAGCUCAGACUUCUUUGAAAUCAAAGUAUAUAGUGAAAUCCAUUCCUUAUUUGGUUGUUUUUUUUUGCUGUGGCAGAAUGUGCUAUGAAAUGCAUAAAAGAAAUUCUUCAUAAUGUGCACCCUCAUUACUCACCCUCCCCUUUUCUCCCUGCAUGCUGCGAAUACACCAGACCACCACACUUCUGCAGGUCCAGCUCAUAGAGCUUGUUGCACCAGGUUGCCUUUCCUAGUCCUGUCAAUCCAUAGUUGGGUGUGAAUUGCUGAAGUAGCUGCUAUUCUAAAUGGAGUCACAAUUAAGCUUUUUCUUACCCUUUUCUAUGGGGAAGCUAUAGGGUGGUUAAGGAGGAAAUUGAGUGCUUAUACUUUGCUGAAAUUAUUAGAACUUUCCUGUGACAGGAUACAGCAAAUUGUACUUAAAUAUUAACCAGAACCAGAGCUACCUCUAAGUAGUGUUUCCUCAAGCACAAAGCUCUCAGGCAUAUGAGACCCAAUUUAAUGGAGGGUCUCUGAUUUCUUGAGCAUCAGCGAGUUUCAGAAGUGACUUGUCUUUUGUACUCUUCUAAGUUUCCUUGUACUGACACACUUUUUCCCAUUCCACACUGUGCUUAAAUGACAAAGUCUCUUCUGAGAAGCCAAAUUCUGUCAAAUGAUUAGCUAGAGAUAUUAUUGAUUAAAGAAAAACCUAGAACUGAGGUGGAAGAGGAGAGUUAGUUCCAGUUCUAAUAGUUUUCUGAUUAAAUAAAUCUUUUCCAGGAAAUGAUCUUUUAUAGGAAAUGGGAUAUUUUAAAUGCUUAUCUUACGUUGAAGGCACAACAAUUAAUGACUCUAUUGUUGCUUUACUGUGGCUGACAUGGUUUUGAUAUAGCUUUAAAAUUUCUGCUACUAAGCUUGGGAUAGAAUAUUAUACCAGUUUUAAAUGUUGGCUGCAGCUUUUUGUGAUCCUUUGAUUUACAGUGUAAUAAUGUCACAAGCUAAAUUUUCAGAAUUUUGUUUCAGAUUAUGCUUCUUGUCUCCUUGGGAGCAACAUGUUUUUCAAUCAUGGGGUUGACAAAUGAAAAAAUAAAGUUAUUUCUUAAUCUA